AUGCCGCCCUCAUUCUGGCAGCAGCCUGGUGCUUCUGGUCAGCCGGCGCUUGAUGUGCUCCGCAAAAUCAGUCCGACUUGUGGCUACACGGAAAUUGAACAACUCUACGACUAUUUCACCAGUCCUUCGAGCUCAAAAGAUGAGAUCAUGGCGUUCGUCUCGCAAUGUCGCAGAGAUUUGAAAUAUGGGCAAACCCACCCGCCUUCGUCAAGCUCGAAGCAUACCUCCGGAUACUCACAAUUCUCCCGUGGUUCAACUAUUUCGUUUGACUCGCGAAGCAGCACAACAUAUGAAAUGCUCCCUGAUCAGCUCCCUCUGGGUUCGAACACCGCCAGCCAAUUCCACUAUGAUUCGUCCUCUCCAUUUCCGAUCACUGCGCCCUCGCCACAUCCACUUCAACUCAACCAUAACUCUCCUCGCUCGGGAACGACUGCUGCUGGUGGCAUAGGAGCCGAGAACACAAUACAUGUCUGUAUCAGAUGUCAAAAGUGGUAUGACACGAAGGGCAGCCUAUCAAGACAUCGUUCCGAGGCAUGCGAAAGUCGGGGCAUCUAUGUCUGUCCUAGCUGCCCAAAACGCAAACCACUUCAGUUUCCACGCUGGGAAACAUUGCGCAACCACCUGCGAGACAAGCAUCCGGAGAUCUGCGGUGAAAAUUGCAACUGGAGUGAUACUGCACCAUGCCAAACCCAUCUGCCCAAGUCCGCUGCCAAGGCUGCAUUACACGAGUAUCCAAGCAAAAAGGCAUGGGGAUGUCCUGUGUGCUCGAGCUGUUUCCACACCCGUGGGGAGUGGCAGGAACACGAGACGGUACACUACCAAGACCUCAAAGUGGUAAAGCAGCGAGACUCCUAUAUCCCAGUCAAGGGAUGGGGACGGGGACAGCUGGUGAGUUCGUUGUCCAUGGCAUCGAUGCAGUUGUGGCGCGCAAUGUCACGGUACAACUGGAAUUUAUGCGACUGGCAAAAGCUGGACGACAAGAUUUUCGAGGCCCUCGCCUUCACGCUUGAACGUCAGACGCUGGCGACAGAUGUUCGAUGCCACGAGUCUUAUGCCUACCUGAACUUGGAGGACGCGCUUGCAGCUUAUGCUUAUCGCAUCGGCACAACUGGGAACCCGCUUUCACCAUUGAGCAUGCAACCCCAUCUUCCACCAGCCACGACUGUCCUGGGCAGUUCACCAAGCGUAAUAUCAUUGGAUCCCGGCAUACCUCCCUCAACCCAAAUGCAUGCAAGUAGUUUACAGCCAAGCCCCUUCGCCACCAGCCCCGAGACCGACGAAUAUCGAGCCCGAGAAACGAUAACCAACGAAAAUCAAACAGUUCUCCUUGGUUCAAUUGGGCAUUCUGUUCCGAGUCUUGAGCGUUUUCAUCGGCAUUACUCGGGCCCUAACUCGGAACAGAAUACCCAAUUGAACCAAGGAGAACCUGUGUUGCGGAGCUCAUUUCCAGUCACUACCCGAUCCAAGGCUAAAGGCCACAUUAGGGAUUCCGUCAUCGUCGCCAAAGGCAGAUCAAUGGCUAGUCGCACUAAAGAAGUCGCGGUGGAUGAAUCUGUUGCCGUAUCGCUACCGGCAACAUCUAUAUAUUCUCCCCCAGGUACAGAACAAUCUCAUCUCGGGCAGAGUCCGUCGUUUAUCAGUAUCCCUUUUACGGACAUUUCACAAGAUCUGCCUGGGUGUCCAGGGAGCGUCAACGAUAAUAGAGCCAACGCAAAUGUCAGCCCUCCAAGACAGGCUGACAACUCCGCUGAGCAUACGGGCUAUAAGCGCAUGUCCUACGAGAUGACUGAAAUCACUUUCGUCGAAAGCUAUUCCCCCUCCACGCCUGGUGGACUCGAGGGGGAUGUCUUCACUUCUUGCGAAUUCAACGAAAUACCCGGAUAUGACGAACAUGUCACGCAGCUCCCGGGUGUUGUCGUUUACAAAGAGCACUAA